GUCUAAGAAUUGAUUUGGCGUUCUCGUUUACUAUUUUUUUUGUUGUAAAGAUUAGGCGUUAAUCUCGACGUUAAUUGCUAUUACCCAGUGAGAAAUGAUUCGUCGAUCGACGUCGAAAUGAUGUCGAAUCGACAUCAAUUCGAUGGUGUUGAUGUCGAUUGACAAAUCAUUUCUCACUGGGUAUGGGAUGGAAAAAUAUGUUUACUUUCCGGGUUGCGCCCGGAGGGAUUUGCGUUCGGUCGGGACAAUGAGCCGCUGCAACACAACAUGUGUAUUUAACCCAUGUCACUUGCAUCACUAUAUCCUACUUUGAACUCGUUGCAGCUCGUACUAGCCGUCCUCGUCGGCCUGGCAAUGCCGAUUUACGGCGAGGAGACACAGGUUGAGAAGAAACAGGAGAAGAGGGGCGUGCUGGGCUUGGGUUACGGGACCUACGGAGGAUUAGGAAACGGCCUGCUCGCGGGACCUGCUUACGGAAGCUACGGACAGAGCUAUCACGGCGGCGUUGGCACGGCCUACACCGCGGGUCACGGCAUCGCCGUGCCGGCGGCCUACGGCUACAGCGUGCCCGUGGCGUCCCACGGAUAUGCCGCGCCCGUGUACUCGUCUUAUCGCGUCGGUUACGCCGGCGGCCUGGGAUACGGCGGCGCGGGCCUGGCAGGCGGCCUCGGCCACGGCGUCGGAGGUCUCGGUGGGUAUGGCGUCGGACUGGGAUACGGAGCCAGGGGUCUCGGACACGGCGGUGCGGUAAUCGGAUACGGCGCUGGUCUAGGAUACGGCGCGGGACUCGGGCACGGGCUCGGCGCCGGUAUCGGCGCCGGUUACGGCCACGGAUGGUGA